GCCGCGGGCGGUGGGGCGGAAACAGAGAGGAAAAAACCGACCGAGGACGUUUACUCCCACCCGUUUCCGGUCAGAUAACUAUAUAGGAGGCGUGCGCGCGCCAAGUCGGAUCGAGCGCGGAGCAGGCCGAUAGAACUGGUGACGGCUGUCCGACAAGGAGGAAAGAUUCAGAACCGGAAAAAGAUGUGGAAAGCCGACGGGCCUCAGACGGCCACCAACGGGACGGUUCGCCGCAUUCCUUUGGAUGGUCACAACGUCGACCUGGACGACAUCUUCGACCUGGCGGUGGAAAAGGGCCUGGCGGUGGUGGACGAGUCCACCAGGCGGCGCAUUGGAGAAAACAGGAAGCUGCUGGAAGAGAUCGUGGACCGCGAGCCGGUGUACGGUGUCACCACCGGAUACGGCGAAAUGGUGUACAUAACCGUAGACAAGUCGAAAGAAACCGAGCUGCAGACCAACGUAGUCAGAAGUCACGCCUUCUGCGUGGGAGACCGCCUAUCCAGAGAAGAAUCCAGAGCCAUUCUAGCCGCCAGAAUCAACGCCCUGUGCAGAGGUUAUUCGGGAGUGCGAGAGGAAUUGGUGGAGGCCAUGGUGGCCUUCCUCAAUCGGGGCAUCGUGCCGCUGAUCCCGGAAGCGGGAUCGGUGGGAGCCAGCGGAGACCUGGGACCUCUGUCUCAUGUGGCCCUAGCGCUGAUAGGCGAAGGAUACGUCUUGGACGACAACGACGAGAGAGUGCCCACGGCGGAGAUGCUGGCCCGACGGAACUUGCGCCCGUUGGAGUUGAAAUACAAGGAAGGACUUGCCCUGAUCAAUGGCACCUCGGCAAUGACCGGAAUGGCCGCUCUGAUAUUGCGCCGGGCCGACGAUCAGAUAAAACAGGCAGAAAUCGUGGCGGCGCUGGUUUUAGAAAACCAGAUGGCUUCCGACGGGGCCUUUCGACCCGAGGGCCACGUCUUGGGACGGCCUCACCCGGGACAGAUCGACAGCGCGGGCAACGCGCUAAAGCUACUGGAAGGAAGUAAAUUAAUUCGCACUCACCGGGAAUUGAAAACGGAACUGGGCCAAGUGAGGAACAGAAGCGCCGGCCAGAGCGAGGUGUAUCUGCAAAAAGCCUAUACGCUGAGAUGCAUUCCUCAGGUGACGGGGGCCGUCAAAGAGGCGGUAGAAUACGCGCGGAAGGUGGUGACCAGGGAGAUAAAUUCGUCCAACGACAACCCCCUUUUCUUCCCGGGAAAAGAAGUGUUUCACGGAGGCAAUUUCCACGGUCAACCCGUGGCCAUGGCCAUGGACUUCGCCUGCCUGGCGCUGACGCAGCUGGGAGUGGUCUCGGAGAGAAGGACCAACAGACUGUUGAAUCGCCACCUGAACAACGGAUUGCCGCAGUUUCUGGUCAAGUCGGAUCCGGGUCUAAACUGCGGACUGAGCGGACUGCAGUACGCGGCCGGCGGAAAGCGGAACGGUAAAAAUUAG